AUGGUGCUGAUGCUGACACCGCCUCCCUCCUCCUUCCAUUGCGUUUUCGGAUCAAUGAGGCCAACACAACGAGAGGGGGCGGGUGUAUUUGCAGCCACACGCUGCCCCGAUACAUGCGCACAUCUCCACACACACGCCAAAGACCGACCAGAGAGCGACCAAGUGACCACAGGGCGCUCUUCACCUGCAGUCCCUCAUUCCACGCUUCGCAGACCGGGAAUGGUGCCGAGUGAGGAUACGGUCACAGACACAUGCGGGGAUGCCUAUCUCUGCACCCUGAGUGAGGAUACGGUCACAGACACAUGCGGUGAUGCCUAUCUCUGCACCCUGCGCGCUUUAAGUCGAUCAGUGGAUGACCUUGACUACAUGCGUGGAUUCCCAAGCACAUGUGGGCUGAUGUUCUUACGUCACCCCUCCGCUCAGUCUCCUUUUCUGGACACGGCAGCGUGA